UACUCUCAGAUUUAAGAGGGGGAGGUUUGGAGCCACCCGGACUGUCGUUGUGGAACAGCAUUUCUCCGCCAGGAAUGGUCAAAAUACUUUUCAAGAUUGCGUUAAGUAUCGCUUUUUAAAGUCAAAAAAGAACAACACUGAGCGAUAUUACUUUUUUGGGUCUUUUCUUAGAUUGAGUUGAGAAACUUUUCUAUACAAUCUCCAGAAGUGAAGACACUAGAUUUCAUUGCGUGCGAGACGUGUUGGGAUAAAGGGAUUACCAAAAACCAGCGCACAGGCUCCACUCGCGUAGUUUUCUCGGACCUGAUUAGCUAGGUAAGAUAAAAGAAAGUGAUCGCAACGGAAGUUGAAUCCACUUAAAAAAUUAUAUGAACUGACAAACAAAACUUUAUUCGGAACGUUUUUCCGUGUUCUAUUUUUGUGGCUCUCUGAGUGGGGCGACAUUCUUUUUUUUUUUCUUUCUUUCUAUCGCACAAGUUUGGCAGAAAUAUGCGCAAACCUGUUAGCUAGACGUUGAUAUCUCGGCGCGCGAGAGCUUCGUUAACGGGCCACGCAUUAAAGUCUGGAUAUACAGUUUUUCUGGAAGUUUUCCUGCAUCAAAUCUCAGCUCAGGACUCUUCCUUAUCUGACCAACACUGGCUGUUUCACUGCUCCCCGCCAGUAAGCGGUGCACUGUGAAUGACGCACAGCUGAUGUCCCACCGAUCUGAAUGGAGUUCCAGUUGUGUAAAAGCCAGUAGUUUUAGCUCCGUCAGCAGGAUGCUGAUGAGGUCGAGUAUACUUCUGUUUCUGACUUUCUUCACCCAAGUUUUAAGGACGCAGUGCCGACCUGCUAACGCUGAUGAAGUGUCUGUGGAAACGCAAGCAGAGUUGUUCACCCGCUAUCUUGGGGAACGUCUGGAGCUGAGUUGCUCUGCCAAGGACUCCCUCCAUGCUGUUAACUGGACCAAAGACCAUUUUGCUGUUGUGGAUGGAGAACACACUCGCAUCCGCAACGGCCAGUUGGAGAUAGAAAAUGUGGAACUGACUGACUCCGGCUUUUACACAUGCACAACCUUUGGCAACCACAGUGUUUACUUCAAUGUCACAGUUGAUAUCUUGGCUUCAUCUGAGGAUGAUGAUGACGAAGAGGAGUCUUCAUCAGAGGAAAACAAACUGUUGGGUAGUCAAAAACUGAUAACAAAUGCCCCACAAUGGGUUCAUCCACAAAAAAUGGAGAAAAAGCUUCAUGCUGUACCAGCUAGUAAAACUGUGAAGUUUCAAUGCCAGGCCAGUGGAAACCCAACUCCCACUCUGAAAUGGUACAGGAAUGGGAAGGAGUUCAAGAGAGACCAUCGCAUUGGAGGCUUCAAGCUUCGUAAGCACAUGUGGACCAUCAUCAUGGAAUCUGCUGUGCCCUCUGACAAGGGAAACUAUACCUGUGUGGUGGAAAACCAAUAUGGCAGCAUUAACCACACCUACCAGCUGGAUGUAGUCGAGCGCUCUCCCCACCGGCCAAUCCUGCAGGCUGGCUUGCCGGCCAAUCGUACCGUAGUGGUAGGAAGUGAUGUGGAGUUUGAGUGCAAGGUCUUCAGCGACCCCCAGCCUCAUAUUCAGUGGCUAAAACAUAUCGAGAUCAAUGGGAGCAGUGUUGGACCUGAUGGUAAACAGUACGUCCGUGUCCUCAAGCAUUCGGGGGUUAAUAGCUCGGAUGCUCAGGUGCUUACCCUCUACAAUGUGACUGAGGAGGAGAGUGGAGAAUAUACAUGUAAAGUGUCCAAUUAUAUAGGGGAAGCCAAUCAGUCAGCCUGGCUGACUGUCAUCAGAUAUGAGCCCUCAGCCAUCACACACUACCCUCCAGCCAGCCACACCUACUUGGAGGUGGUCAUCUACUGUGUGGGCUUCUUUUUUAUCGCUGUCAUGGUUGCCAUCGUAAUGAUCUUCAAGAUUCGCACCUCUUCGAAGAAGAGCGACUUCAACAGCCAGCUGGCCGUCCACAAGCUGGCUAAAAGCAUCCCUCUGCGCAGACAGGUAACAGUGUCCGUGGACUCAAGCUCCUCUAUCCAUUCUGGAGUGAUGCUAGUUCGACCCUCCCGCCUCUCCUCCAGUGGCUCUCCAAUGCUGUCAGGAGUGUCUGAGUAUGAACUGCCCCAAGAUCCCCGCUGGGAGCUCCCCAGGGACAAACUCGUUCUUGGAAAACCACUGGGUGAAGGCUGCUUCGGUCAGGUGGUGAUGGCAGAGGCGUUGGGUCUGGAUAAAGAGAAGCCCAACCGUGUGACCAAGGUUGCAGUAAAAAUGUUGAAGUCUGAUGCAACGGAGAAAGAUCUGUCAGACCUAAUUUCAGAGAUGGAGAUGAUGAAGAUUAUCGGAAAGCACAAAAACAUCAUUAAUCUGCUGGGAGCCUGUACACAGGAUGGACCUUUAUAUGUGAUAGUUGAAUAUGCAUCCAAGGGCAACUUGAGGGAAUACUUGCGAGCUCGGCGCCCACCAGGCAUGGAGUAUUGCUACAACCCAGACCAGGUUCCUUUGGAGAACAUGUCCAUCAAAGACCUGGUGUCAUGUGCUUACCAAGUGGCUCGAGGCAUGGAGUAUUUGGCCUCAAAAAAGUGCAUCCACAGAGAUCUUGCCGCUCGCAAUGUUUUGGUCACGGAGGACAAUGUGAUGAAAAUAGCUGACUUCGGCCUGGCCAGAGAUAUUCACCACAUUGACUACUAUAAGAAGACCACUAAUGGUCGUUUACCAGUCAAAUGGAUGGCUCCUGAGGCUCUGUUUGACCGGAUAUACACUCACCAAAGCGAUGUCUGGUCCUUUGGGGUGCUGCUUUGGGAGAUUUUCACCCUGGGAGGCUCUCCAUACCCAGGGGUCCCGGUGGAGGAGUUGUUCAAGCUGCUGAAAGAAGGCCAUCGAAUGGACAAGCCCUCAACGUGCACUCAUGAGCUGUAUAUGAUGAUGAGGGAUUGCUGGCAUGCUGUGCCUUCUCAGAGACCAACAUUCAAACAGCUGGUGGAGGACCUAGAUCGUUGUCUGGCGAUGACGUCUAACCAGGAAUAUUUGGAGCUCUCUGUGCCUCUGGACCAAUAUUCUCCCAAUUACCCGGACACUCGGAGCUCCACCUGCUCCUCCGGCGAGGACUCUGUUUUUUCCCAUGAUGCUGGAGCAGAAGAGCCCUGUCUGCCAAAGUUCCCUCCUCACUCCAAUGGGGCAGCCAUUAAGAAACGCUGAUACCUCUUCUUCAUUCAGACGAACAUUGACAUUUCCUCUGCUCCCUUCCUCAUGAGUUUGGAGUCCUCCCCACGUUCCCAGAAAUGAAGCUAAAAAAAAAAGAGGUGCUCUGUGCAAGAGGAGCUUGGAGACACUGUUGAACUCGAUGGAUCACAUGGACUGCAGGCCGCAGCUGUUUCCUGGUUCUCGGUGGUGGUCAUGUUUACGGGGCACUUUGUAUUAACAGCAGGGGCUGUUUGUCUCAGUGUCAGAUUCACUAUUUACACUUUGGGCAUUUCAGUGUUGCAUCAAGAGAAUUGAAAGGACUGACCAAGAUUACUUUAGUUUUUAUUUUUUUAUGUUUUGUUUUGUCUGUUCCUCAGUGGUCAUUUCAUGAAUAGGGGACAACAUAAUUGAGCUUUUCGGACCAAAUCCAGAGAACAUACAACCAAGAGACGUGCAGCACCGUGGUCCACUGCAUUGUUCACUCCCUUCUUGUAAAUACAGUUAGAAAAUUAUGAAAAUAUAUUUACAUUGUACUCUUAUUUUUAUUACCAUAAUGGAUUUUUUUUGUCUUUUGUACAAGGAUGCUAUUGGUGGAUCUAUUUUCUAAUACAGUCCAUAGGGGCAGUUGUUACAUGAGGGUGUUGCUGAGAAUUACAUGGCCAGUUUUUUUUUUCACUCCAUCACAGCCUUGAUUCUCCUUAAUUUACAAUAACCAGCAAUGGAAAAAUAUAUAUUUGUUUAUAUUUUUUAACUGUUAACACAUUUCAUGAACUAGCGUUACGCUCCAGCAGAUUUCCAGAUUUCCGAACGUGUUUGUGUCUGUGUAUGACUGUAUGUGUGCGUAAACUUUCCUCGCCUCAUCCACCAUUGUUCGUUUAACCUCAAAGAUGGUCACAACUGUAAAUAUUUCUUGUUGUACAUCAUGCUAGUUAAAAUCCAGAGUAAUCUGCUUCAGUCAACUUCAUGCACUUCCACUGUGCCUGACUUUCAUGUGAUCUUCUACUGUAAAUGCUUUGACAGAAGUUACAUUUGCUGCCAUAUAACUUCUGAUGAAGGGUUGCAGAAGACGUAUGUCAUCGUAAAAAGGAUUACAUUAAAUAAAAUGUUAUUGAUAAACAAGCAGGCUGAGCUUUCAGAGUGUGAACCAACUCCAUAAACCGGUCUAUAAAUAAAAAGAUUUUCAUGCUCGG